AUGAAUCAUAGUCUCAAUCACGUGGUUGGUAAUGUGUAUGUUCCUUUCCUUUGUGUUGUCACUUCAACAUGCAGUAACAGUGCAAUGAAGUUACAUCUGCACUUAGGCAAUGACUUGAUUUUCUUUUUUGUACUACGUAAAAUGUAAUUGUAGUGACAGUGGUCGCAAAAAUGACAGAUACAUCAACUGAUGUAAAUAUAAUGAUAAACAACAGUAUCAAUGAUAGCGUUGAUAGUAGUGUGAACGAUGAAAAUGACACGGAAAAAUUAUUGAAACCAAGAAAUAAUUUUGCAUCGUAUUCAAACGAAAACAUUAACGUUAGAUUUCGGCAAAAUGUAUCAUCACAGAGUGUUGUGGAAACACUUUCCAGUAAUUUAAGGAGAAUUAAUGUCGAAGAAAUCCCCCCUGGUGCUACUAAUUUUCUAUCAACUAAUUAUGAGAGUUUAGAUUAUGAUCCCUGUGAGAAUCAUCUUCUGCAAGAUGAAGAAAGAAAAAAAGGCUAUAAAUUUGUAGUUAAGAAGAACUUUGCCAGAUGGUUUAUUUUCUUAUUGAUAGGCAUUUGCACUGCGCUUAUAGCUGGCUUUGUAGAUAUCUCUAUAGAAGAAUUGACAAAGUUAAAGUAUAACGUGGAUCAGUGUGUAACAAAACAUUGUCUUUGGCUGCCAUAUCUACUAUGGUUAGCCCUAAAUUUUGCACCUGUUUUAAUAGGUGCUAUUUUAGUAACUUACGUGGAACCUGUUGCAGCAGGUAGUGGUAUUCCACAAGUGAAGUGUUAUUUAAACGGAGUUAAAGUACCUCGAGUUGUUCGUAUUAAAACACUAGCAGUAAAAACAAUAGGAGUAAUUUGUACAGUAGUAGGAGGUCUAGCUGGUGGAAAAGAAGGACCUAUGAUACACUCCGGAGCUGUGGUGGCAGCAGGAAUAUCACAGGGGAAAAGUACUACAUUUAAGAAAGAUUUUAAAAUAUUUCAAUAUUUUAGAGAGGAUCAUGAGAAACGAGAUUUUGUGUCAGGAGGUGCAGCUUCUGGUGUGUCUGCUGCAUUUGGUGCACCAAUUGGAGGAGUAUUGUUCAGUAUUGAAGAAGGAACCAGUUUUUUUAAUCAAAGUCUCACGUGGAGGACAUUUUUUGCUAGUAUGAUUACAACAUUCACGCUAAACAUCAUCCUUAGCGCGUAUCACGGACGACUCGGUGAUCUUUCUUAUCCAGGCUUGUUAAACCUUGGAAAAUUUGAGACAAUACCGUAUCAAAUUUACGAAAUUCCUUUAUUCGUGAUAAUGGGAACAGUUGGUGGACUUUUGGGCGCUUGUUGGAAUCAUUUAAACUAUAAAAUCACCUGUUUCCGUUUGAAGCAUAUAAAACGAAAAUGGUUAAAAGUAAUAGAAGCUCUUGUAAUUGCUGCACUAAGUGCAACUAUGGGUUUUACAAUGAUCUAUUUUCUACACGAUUGCAAACCAUUAGGGCAAGAUCCCACCAAAUUUCCCAUUCAGAUGUACUGCAAUAAAGGCGAGUACAGCGCAGUUGCAGCUUUAUGGUUCCAAACACCAGAGAGUAGUGUACGAUCUCUGUUUCAUGAUCCUAAAGGUUCCCAUAAUGAUAUUACGUUAGCUAUUUUUGUUGUCCUCUACUUUUUCCUGGCUGUUGCUACCUUUGGUCUGUCCAUGUCUAGUGGACUGUUCAUUCCAUCUCUAUUAAUUGGCUCUGCGUGGGGUAGAUUAAUUGGAUCAGGGCUUGCGAAACUUUUUCCAAAUUGUGUUGUUUUAAACCCUGGAAAAUAUGCUUUACUAGGUGCAGCUGCUCAAUUGGGAGGAGUAGUUAGAAUGACAAUAAGUUUAACUGCUAUACUCAUAGAAGCUACUCAAGGAAUAUCCUUUGGCUUGCCACUUAUAAUAGUUCUUAUUUUGGCUAAAUGGGGAAUUUAUGAUAUUCAUACACAAAUGGCUGGUAUCCCCAUAUUACCAUGGGAAGCCCCACCAUUGUCAAACAAUAUAUAUGCCAGUGAAAUAAUGAGUCACCCAAUAGUAACAUUAUACACUGUAGAAAAUGUAGGACAUAUAGUAGAACUUCUCAAAUGUGUAACAUUUAAUGGAUUCCCUGUAGUCGAUCCUCCUAAUAGUGAUGAGCCUGAAAUACAUUCAUAUGGGAGAUUUCGAGGGCUAAUUUUACGUUCUCAAUUAAUAGUGUUACUACAAAACAAAAUUUUUAACAAGAACCCAGAAUAUUGGGAAAAAUCAUUAAGUAUUAAAUUGUUCAGAAAGGAAUAUCCAAGAUAUCCGACAAUUGAUCAAGUGAUCAUAAGUGAGGAAGAAAAAACUUAUAUGAUAGAUUUGAGACCUUUUAUGAAUCCUUCCCCCUAUACACUGCAACAUGUAAUUGGGAUUAUUACAAGAAAAGAUGUUGCUAGAUUUAGGAUAUGGAAACAUAGAGGAAGAAUGGGUUUAGAUGAACUUUUAAUUACUAAUAAAAUUUAAUUUUAACUUUUCUAGACACAAAAUUUAAUAUUAUUUUAUGAGAAAGAGUAAUCUAUUGUAUGUAUAAAUAUUAAGUUUAUAUAUAAGCAUGAAAGAAUUUUUUAUAUUAGACUUUUCAGUAAAGGAAAUCUGGAUAUUGUAAGAAGAGAAAAAGUUAAUCAAAAACAAAAUACAUACAUGUUAAUUAUUUAUAAAUAAUUGCCAACCUAACCAUGACCAUAAUUUGAAAAAUAAAUACACUGGUAUAAUAAUUAACGAUAAAAAAAAAUAAUAUUCAUAGGUUGAAAUAUACAUUGGAAUGGAUAUUCUUUGUUACAAUCACCUCUAAAGAUUAUGUGACCAAAUAUUCAAGAUCUCUAUUUACGACGUGCAACAAUUUUCUUCCAUAAAUUCUCGUAAUAAUCGCCAAUAUUUGAGCGUAAUAAACGAGUGAAAAGCAUUAAAAUAACAGCUUACUGACAUAAAUACAAUACAAAAUUAUGAGCUUAUAAUUGAGAUGUGUACAAUUCAAAAGUUUAACGAUACUUUCCACAACAGUUCGCCAUUCCAAUAAUAAUUGGUUUCUAAAUUAUUCACGCAUGCGUGUAUA